AUGGCGGCGUGUUUUGGCGGGAAAACGCUGGCUCUGUGUCAUGGCUCAGUAAUGACGUCAGGGAACCAGGACGGGUUUGUCAGAGUGAGGAGGAGCGACCUGGAGAGGUUGACCACAGAGGUCAUGCAGCUGAAGGACUUCCUGCCCAGAGUGGUGAACGGAGACCUGAUAGAGAUGCUGCACAAAGCUCGGACCGCUCACACAAUGAAGGACCAGCUUGAGCAGGAGCAGUUGCGUCAGCAGUGUCUUCACCUUCAGUCCCGACUGGACGCCGUGCAGACCGAAUGUCAGAAAGAGAGAGAGGAGAAGCUGCUGUUGCGGGAGCAGCUGUGGCAGAGCGGAGCUGAGCUGCAGCAGCAGGCCGACUUCUGCUCUGGUCUGGGAUCUGCAGCCUGCGGCCUGCUGUGGAGCUGCUCCGUCAGCGAGGACACCGUCUCACGCUGGCUGGCCGACGGGAAGCUGCAGUCCUUCCUGGUCGUAGCUGCUCAGACUCUAGAGAGCUUCGUCAGGUCUCUGGAUGAGGAGGAGGAGGCCAAAACCCAGACCGAGGAGCUCAACUCCCAGGAGCACCAGUUUGUUCUGGCUCUGGCUGGAACCAUCACCAACGUGGCGGCAGUCAGCUGUGGCCGGGACUUCCUGUCCUGCUCUGCUCAUGUCCUCCUGGACACUCUGGUGAAGCUUCUGGAGCUGAUGACGCCUGGUGUCUUCCCCAAACUGAAAGUGUUGAUGCUGAUGGCUCUGUAUAACGUCAGCAUCAGCGUCAAAGGACUGAGGCGCAUCAGUGAGAACCCGGGACUCCUCCCUCUCAUCUGGACCCUGCUGGACGAUGGAGACUGGGAGGUGCGCCUCCACUCUCUGCGUCUCCUGCAGUCGGUGUUGUUGGAGGAGGAGGUGCUGGUCCUGCUGGGCUCUUCUCUGCUGGAUCCAGACCUGCAGGCCCGGGUCAGCCGGCUAACCUCAAGUGGGCAGCCCAGCCUGAGACUGGCUGCCCAGCAGACCCUGGAGGACCUGCUGGCCCUCCAACAGGCGCCACAGUCACAACUCGUGUUGGACCCUCUUAGCAGGUCCUCCGAGACUUAAGUCACAUCUUUUUAUAAUGUACCACACUUAGUUUAUAUGGUCCAAUUUAAAUAACAUAACCACAAAAGCUUAUUUCACCAAUCAUUUGGAGAUCUGUCUGUUCAUUAAAAGUUCACCCUGGUUAUGAAAGUAAAGGGAACGGCCUCUCGUGUCUAAACUCUGUUUCACGUCUGGUCACUGUUGAGCCGUCACAUCUGUUCUCGUGAUUUUUUUUCAAUUCAUUUCAAUGCAGGUUUGUACAAGAUGCAUUAAAGAUGAUGUUUGCACACUUUCAGAGCACUGUGUCUCUGUUUUUAUUAUUCUUAUCCUGAGAUGGAUGCAUACGAUGACAUAAAACUACUUUUUUGAAUUUCUUAUGAAAGCUGGCAGCAUUAUUUGUUAUAACAAUGCAAACGUUUCACACUGAAAAA